AUGUCCCGAGCAUCGCUGCACACGCUGAAGCCAGCUCUAUUUGUAAACAGCAAUGUCCACAACAACAACAACAAGAACAGCCUGUUCCAGCAGCAACGCCGAACGCUGGCCGACGCCAGCAUGACCGGCAAAAUUCUCGACAAGGCCCGCGAGACGAUCGACGACGAGCUGAAGAAGCAACUAAAUGCGGUCUUCAUCUUCAAGGUGAGCGGCAAGAACUACCUGCUGGACGCCCACGCCUCGCGGCCGCUGAAGGUGGAGCUGCUGGAGGAGGACAAGGUGCCGGAGAAGGUGGACGUGACGCUGAUCACCGACGAGGACACCUUCGUGAAGAUGGCGCAGGGCAAGACGAAGCCGACCAGCGCCUUCAUGACCGGCAAGCUGAAGAUCAAGGGCAACGUCGGCGUGGCGAUGAAGGCGGAGAAGAUCUUCAAGGCGGCCAAGGUGAAGAUCGACUGA